UUUACAUUUAAUAUUAUGACAUAAUAUUUAAUAAAUAGUUAAAUAUGUAUUAUAAUAAUUAAAUUAGAAAGUUAGUAAGAAAAAUACAUGUCUGUGGCAGCGUGAUUGUAGUCACGUCACGUUAAGAUUACAGGUCGUCUGCUACAGAUGAGAUAAAACAUUCCAGAUGUGUGAAAUACCGUUACAAUUUAGCUUGACUUAAAUAUGUAAUAGAAUAAAAAAUAUAACACUUGUAUAAAUGUAGGUGGAUUUGUGUAUAUUUAAUAGAGGGACAUUUAAUGGAACAACAUUAAUCAAUAAGCAAUACAAUGAAAGCAUCAAUAAAGUUUACUUUUGACAGGGUAAUUUACGUUUCUGGUGGCACGUAGUCUAGUCGGUGUUAUAAAAGGAGGAAACCUCGGUUAGUACCGCGGUGACGUACGAUAACUAUUAUCAAUUAGAAAACGUGACUGAUAGGUAUACCAGUGAAUUUAAUUAUGAAGUGCGAAACCAGUGAAAAUAUGUUCGGCAUAUUAAUAUUAUUUGCGACGUUUUUACCUUCUAUUGUACAUUCCAAUUAUUUUGGAACGAACAAUGAAAAGAAUGAUCAAUGCUUCUGUAAGUUGAAGGGAUCAAUUGAUGACUGCAGUUGUAAUGUGGAUACAGUGGAUUACUUUAAUAAUAUGAAAAUUUAUCCAAGAGUUCAGAGUCUUCUAGUCAGAGAUUAUUUUCGCUUUUAUAAAGUAAAUUUAAAACAAGAAUGCCCUUUCUGGGCUGAUGAUAGUAAAUGUGCUAUAAGAUACUGUCAUGUACAACCUUGUCAGGAAGAAGACAUUCCAGAUGGUUUAAAAGGAGAUAUAUUAAAGAACAGUCAUUUUAAUGAAAGUCCUGCGGAUAAAUAUAAAGCUUCAACGCAAUAUGAUGAUUGCUUACAUAGGACUAAAGAUCAUAAUAAAGAACUGGGCUAUCUAAACACAACAAUUAGUUCAGAGAACUACAAAGAUUUUGAAUUAUGGAAACAAUAUGAUGAUGCUCAAGAUAAUUUUUGCGUGAAGGAGUCUAGUCCUGGAGAAUAUGUGGACCUUUUGCUAAAUCCAGAAAGAUAUACAGGUUAUAAAGGACAGAGUGCGCAUAGGAUAUGGCGUAGUAUUUAUAAGGAAAAUUGUUUUAGACCUGAAAAUUCGCCACAUAAUUUUAUUCAAUCUUCAAAAAUAAAUGGGAUGUGUCUGGAAAAAAGGGUAUUCUAUCGUGUUAUAUCAGGGCUUCAUACUAGUAUUAAUAUUCAUUUGUGUUCAAAAUACUUGUUGUCACCAAAAGACAAUUUAGAGAUAGUGCCUGGUGGCCGAUGGGGCCCUAAUUUGCAAGAGUUUCAAAAAAGAUUUUCACCAGAGGAAACAGGAGGUGAAGGUCCAAAUUGGUUAAAAAAUUUAUAUUUUACUUAUCUGCUUGAAUUAAGAGCUUUGGCAAAAGCUGCACCGUAUUUGGAAAGAGAAGAAUAUUACACUGGUAACAAAGCACAAGAUAAAGACACCCGUUUGGCAAUGAAUGAUAUUUUAAAUGUUGUUAAAUCAUUUCCUGAUCAUUUCAAUGAAAGCGUUAUGUUUACUGGCGGAGCUGAGGCUCAGUUAUUGAAGGAACAAUUCAGACAACAUUUUAGGAAUAUAUCUCGUAUUAUGGACUGUGUAGGGUGCGAUAAGUGUAAACUUUGGGGAAAACUUCAAACGCAUGGUUUGGGCACAGCAUUAAAAAUUCUGUUCUCAGGAAAAUUCGACAGAUGGGAAUCAACAUUAAAUAAUUUUAAUAGAAAGAAAUUUUUCUUGGAAAGAAGCGAAAUUGUUGCACUUAUAAACGCUAUCGGAAGAUUGUCAGAAAGUAUCUUUGAGUUGGAUAAAUUUAGACAAAUGAUGAGAUAGCAGAAUACAGACUAAUAAUCAGACGAUUAAGUUACUUUGAUAAAAUACAUCACACAAAUCUUUAUAUUUAUAUUACCCUUGAUUAUUUAGAUUUAUACACUUAAUUAUAUAGUAACUUUAUAAAAUAACUGAUUUUUGUAUCAGUUAUAAAUUAUUUAAAAAUUUUAUAUUUAUACUUAAA